CAGAAGAAGCACUGUUUUUACUGGCAACGUGUUACUACCGCUCAGGAAAGGCCUAUAAAGCAUACAGGCUCCUAAAGGGACACAGCUGUACUACCCCACAGUGUAAAUACCUGCUUGCAAAAUGUUGUGUUGACCUCAGCAAAUAUGGACCUAACGAACAUUAGCCCAUAUUGCAGAAACCUCUAAAAGGUAUUGAAUGACUUACAAAGGAGCUGACAAGCUGUGUAGGGGGAGAAAACAUUGAUUGCUGAGAUGACUCAAGGAGACCACUCUGGGAAGUGUUUGGUUUGGUUUUGUGUUUCUCUGAUACCUUGCUUAUUUCAUUAAGUGUUUCCAGUAUGAAUUUAAUGGCUAGGCCGCUCAGUAAGCUUGCUCCUCUUACCCGGUUACCUCUGACGGGUGGGUGAGGGAAAAGAUGGCAAACAGAAAUCUGUGUUUUUAAAAACCCACAACAAACCCGCCUUGAAUCCACAUCCAAGAAUGCUGUAUUCAACAUCAAAAUUAACCUUGCUAGGGACAUAGUGGUAUCAAGGUAUCUUGCUGGUUUCCUGGAGUCUAACAGCAAGAGUAUAUAAUGAAAUUAUAGGCCCUAAUGCCCUGAGAGUUUGUUGAUGAGGGUAUUUCACUUCUCUGUAGACUUUUCAGCUCAAAUGUAGCAAACAAUGUCUGGCUAAGGUACAGAAUGGAGAAGACGAGGAACCAAGAAAGGCAAAAACUUUUAUUCAAAACAACUUAAAAUACUGCAGGGGUUCUUUAUAGAGGCUUAAAUGUCUGUCUGUAAAACAGCUUGUGUUUGUGUUGUGGCUUUUUUGGUUUGGGGUUCUGGUUUUUGGUGUUUUGUUUGGGUUUGGGGUUUGUUUCUCAGUGGCCCUCUUUCAAUGACCAAAACAAAAGUUUAAUUUCUUUAGAAUAGGUAACGUGAUGUUUAGAGUUUCACACGGUAUGAUGUGAUUAUUUUUGCAGGGUUUGUGAUCUUGCUCGCAAUAUGUAACCAAAAUGCAGGCCUCUCCAGAGGCAGCAGGGGAAGCUCCUUAAUCUUUGGUACUCUUUAUUACACGAGUCCUUUGACAUCUUUAGAGUUGGGAGGAUGUCUUGGCUCAUUGUGUUUCUUUUGAUGCUCUUUUAACACUUUUGAAGCUAUUAGGAUACAGGUUGCUUUGCAUCUUCCUUUGAAAGGGAAAUCGUGUUAAUGCUCUACUUGGAAAGGUCCCAGAGGAAUUAAUUUGAAGCUGAUUGUUCCAUCCCUUGCUUUUACAAAGUCUGGUGCUUGCAUAUAGUACCUCAGCUGCUGAACAGAUUUCAGUUAGAUAGGCUUGCAGAAGGAGAGCAGAUCUUAUCUGGUGGAGUGUUGAAUAAACAGAAAAGCCAUGAUGACAUUGUUAUGGAGUUUGGUGACUCUGCAUGCUUUACACUCUCCUUACUGGGACAUGUCUACUGCAAGACAGACCGGCUUGCCAAAGGAUCAGAAUGUUACCAAAAGAGCCUUAGUUUAAAUCCUUUCCUCUGGUCCCCUUUUGAAUCGCUAUGUGAAAUAGGUGAAAAACCAGACCCUGACCAAACAUUUAAAUUAACAUCUUUACAGAACUUCAGCAGCUGUCUGCCUAACACUUGCACAACAUUGGUGUCUAAUCACAACAUAUCCCAUCGACAGCCUGAGACUGUCCUUAUGGAAACACCACAAGACACAAUUGAGUUGAACAGAAUUAACCUAGAAUCCUCCAAUUCAAAAUAUUCCUCCUUGAACACAGAUUCUUCUAUGUCUUACAUUGACUCGGCUGUAAUUUCACCAGACGCAGUCCCGCUUGGGUCAGGAACUGCCAUAUUGUCUAAACAGGCUCAAAAUAAACCAAAAACUGGGCGAAGUUUACUGGGGGGACCUGCUGCUUUGAGCCCACUAACGCCAAGCUUUGGAAUUCUGCCACUAGAAACCCCAAGCCCUGGAGACGGAUCGUAUUUACAAAACUACACAAACUCUUCUUCAGUAAUUGAUGUGCCAUCUACAGGAGCACCUUCAAAGAAGAAACUUUGUGUUAUGCAGACUGUCAGCAGGAUAAGCCAAGCUGGAACGAAAUCUGUCUUCUCACAGAGCGGAAAUAGCCGGGAAGUCACUCCAAUUCUUGUUGCACAAACUCAGAGCUCUGGCCCACAGACAAGUACAACACCUCAGGUAUUGAGCCCAACAAUUGCUGCUCCACCAAACGCACUGCCUCGAAGAAGCUCUCGCCUAUUUACUAGUGAUAGCUCUACAACAAAGGAAAAUAGCAAAAAAUUAAAAAUGAAGUUUCCACCUAAGAUUCCAAACAGAAAAACAAAAAGUAAAACAAAUAAGGGAGGAAUAACUCAACCAAACUUAAAUGACAGUUUGGAAAUUACCAAACUAGACUCUUCCAUCAUUUCCGAAGGGAAAAUUUCCACUGUUGCACCACAGAUCCAGGCUUUUACGCUACAGAAGGCAGCAGCAGAAGGUUUGAUGAGCCUUCUUCGUGACAUGGGGAAAGGUUAUUUAGCCUUGUGUUCCUACAACUGCAAAGAAGCGAUAAAUAUUUUAAGCCAUUUACCAUCCCACCACUACAACACUGGCUGGGUGCUGUGCCAAAUCGGGAGAGCUUACUUUGAACUUGCGGAGUAUAUGCAGGCUGAGAGAAUAUUUUCAGAAGUAAGGAGGAUUGAAAACUACCGAGUAGAAGGCAUGGAGAUCUAUUCAACUACGCUGUGGCAUCUGCAGAAAGAUGUUGCUCUUUCAGUUCUUUCAAAGGAUUUGACGGACAUGGAUAAAAACUCGCCGGAGGCAUGGUGUGCUGCAGGAAACUGCUUCAGCUUGCAACGAGAGCACGACAUUGCAAUCAAGUUCUUCCAGAGAGCCAUCCAAGUUGAUCCAAACUAUGCUUAUGCCUACACCCUGUUGGGGCAUGAGUUUGUGUUAACAGAAGAACUAGACAAAGCAUUAGCUUGUUUUAGAAAUGCCAUCAGAGUGAACCCUAGACACUAUAAUGCAUGGUAUGGGUUGGGAAUGAUUUAUUACAAACAGGAAAAAUUUAGUCUAGCAGAAAUGCAUUUCCAGAAAGCACUUGAUAUCAAUCCUCAGAGCUCAGUCUUACUGUGUCACAUUGGAGUAGUCCAGCAUGCACUGAAAAAAUCUGAAAAGGCUUUGGAUACUUUAAACAAAGCUAUUAACAUUGAUCCCAAGAACCCACUAUGCAAAUUCCAUAGAGCUUCUGUAUUAUUUGCAAAUGAAAAAUACAAGUCUGCUUUACAAGAACUUGAAGAACUGAAACAGAUUGUUCCCAAAGAGUCUCUUGUUUACUUUUUAAUAGGAAAGGUUUAUAAAAAACUGGGUCAAACGCAUUUGGCCCUAAUGAAUUUCUCUUGGGCAAUGGACUUAGAUCCCAAAGGAGCCAAUAACCAGAUUAAAGAGGCCAUUGAUAAACGUUACCUUCCAGAUGAUGAGGAACCAAUAACUCAAGAAGAGCAAAUCAGUGAAUGUUACCCUUAUGAAUCAGUUGGCACAGACGAAUCCCAAGAGAGCAGCAUGACGGACGCAGAUGACACACAGCUCCACGCAGUUGAAAGUGAUGAAUUUUAACCUCCAAAAGCCAGUAUCUGAGCUCGAGUGUGUGACUGGUACUGUUGUGUUCUCCCCUUCCUUCGCAUCCUGGGUCUUCACAUCACUGAGCCAGCAUUGUCGUUAUUCUCCACCGACACCAUGGGUGCACCACUCAGACUUAAACUGUACGCAGAGUUAAUGGCAGUGCAAUAUUCAGCUGCUACUGGGUCUGACUUGUUGGCUCUUACACGUUUAUGAAAGUGACUGAGGAGGAAAUGCUAUUUUUGGACUCGCCUUUGCUGGAAAAAAAUAUCAUGGAAGACAGACUUGUGGUUUGCUGUAACGAAGCCAGUAGAUGUGGGGAUAGUACUAAUGAAGCAGUGUCUUGUUCUUUUUCCAGAAAUGUGUCUUAGUUUGGUUCUUUCUUGGUAAGCGGAGUGCUGAACCUCAUUUCCAAUUCUUCGAGGACAGUGUUGACAAAUGCGGGCUGUUCAAGACUUUUUUGCAUAUUGUAGUGUAACUUAAAUACCAGGGAAUGUAAAUGACCUUAAAGCUGCAGUGUCUCCAGUGAACAAACACGCCGCCGCCUGCUCAGGACGGGGAGUGUGUCAGACGACGUAAAAUAGCCAGUGUCCCUACUUAGAGUGCAAACUUGCAGGAGUGGAAACGUAGCAGGGGAAUCACAUUGCAGAAUCAAAGCUUUCAUGAAACGCUUUCCUGUUCUAACCAAGAAAAUUAAUUUAUUUACCUCGUUUCCGAAAGGUCCGUGUUUACUUUGUACGUCAAAGAAACAAGUCAGCAACACCUCGCUUCACUUGUCGUAUACCCCUCAACGUGUUUUUCCCAUUUUAAGAAUAAAAAUUAAUAAAGGGCAAAAUCAAGAGAGAAACGUAGGUAAAACGGUAGUGUGAAAACGUCAAACCCUGAGUCCAGAGUGACUGCACGUUUCUGAGCAGGCAGACUGGGAAGACCAUGGAAGCCUUAAUACAAUCACACCUUAGUCAAACGCAGCAAACAAUAGUCAUUGUUAGAACUGUUUUGCGAAGUGUGGCCCAAGCAGGAUGCAGAAUGUGCAAUUAUCUCUUUCUCCCUUCUUUUUUUUUAAAGUUGUUUAAGAUUCUCGGUCUAGGAACGCUUUCCUCUUCUACAGAGGCUGCUUCUGCGAGAAGAAAGCUACACCGCGUUACGAGUCCAAAAUGAUCUUUCUGCAGCAACAACGGGUGCCCUUUAUGCAGUGGUGAUAAAGAAAGUGUGUGAUAUAAGCAGUUUUAAAGAGCAACUUACGCAUAAUAAAUUGGGAAUGAUAUAAAUUUCAUAGCAACAUAGUUGUUGUGAUCAGUCUUAAUUUUUUUUUAAUAUAUUGGUUUUUAGGAGUCUUUUAGUUUCCUUUAGAGCUUCAAUUUUUUAAAUUCUGUCCUCGUCUUACACUAGGCACGUCUUCUGUCGCAGCUCCUCUCUGGUCCUGAGCCACACGGACGCCUUUAUCAUUUGAAAAAUAAUCUCAAAGUGCUGAGCAAAACCAGAAUUCUCUGAUUUUUUUUUUUUUAAGUAGGAGGAUAAGCAGUGAAAAAUAGGCUUAAACUCCCCUAAUAGCGUGAAAAGGAAUUUCUAAAAUCUGAGGAAUGAUAAUAUAUUAAAGGAGCUUUGUGCCUCUGCCAUGUACUUCUUGAUCAGCUUGUGUCUGGAAGGUUGAUUGGAAAAUUGACUGGAAAAUCAUGACAUGUUUCGGCUGGUUUGAGCGUACCGAAUCUUGCACCACUUUUUGUGGCGAUAGAUAUUCCGGGGCGAUUCCCUUUCCUGAUGAGUCCUCCCCGAGGAAGGCGCGGGGUUCAGGUCUCCCGAGAGCUGAUCUGUGUCUACGGCAGAGCUCGCGCACGGCUCGCGUCGGUCCUGGCGUGGUUUCCCAUCCCGCCGCCGAGCGCUUGCAGCUUCCCAGUGCAUCCCUCGCACGGAGGAGUGUCCAGGCAGCACCUCAGCGUAAGGUCUGGAGGCAGCACUUGUGGGAACGCCACCGAUGAACGCGUUAAUUGGCUUCCGUUUGGGUUCCCGCCGUAAAUUUGUAAGCAAAAAGCAGGUGCUACCGUGAAGACGUCUCCAUACCAAAUGCUGCUGUUCAAGUGGGGACCAGAGAUCGAGGAAAUUAGGUGGCUUUUCCCCUUUUCUUGCGUUCUCUAAAAAUUGUGAACAAUUGUAAAAUUUUCAACACCCUGGCGAGGGCUCUUACUUCAGCUGGGAUGUUACAAGGAUAUUCGUGCUACCUGGAAGAUUUAAUACUUAAAACGGUCCCUUGCUUUAUAUGUACGUCGUAUCUUAAACUGACUUUUUUUCCCAAGAAUCUCAAGUAAUAUUUAGACCGUGCUGCUAUUUUACCUCCUAAAUAGAUACACAAAAUUAGUAUUUAAUCAAUAAAACUUUGCUGUCUUUGAGGAGGGGCAGGCAGAAGGGGGGGCGAGCAUGAAGGCACUCUGGCAGCCAGGUUAGAGCAAGUGUGUUCACUGAAAAGAAUUAGGGAACUGUCAUUUUCUUACAACAAAACUAUGGAAAAAUGCAAAGUGUGGGUGUGGUGUGUACUAUUUGCAUUGAAACAAUGUAAUUUGUCUCUUUUCCUUUUUUUUUUUUUUUGCUUUUCCUGACUUUUUAUUUCAAAAAUUGUACAGUCCUAGGGGGAAAAAAAAAAAAAAGUCUUUUCUGUUAAUAUAUUUGCGAUUCAUUAAAGGAUGUGGAAAAUCCAAAUAAACUACUUUUAAAAGCA